AGUUCGCGAUAUUUUACAAAAUAAUUACUUAAACUAGGUUACACGGAAACUAAUAUCCAAAUAUAUAAAUAACUUAUCUUAAAUUUGAAACGUGUUGCUUGCCAUGUUCAGCAUUUAUUUAACGAAUAUUGUCAGAGUAGCAACUUAGUACUGUUGUCAUCUUAAAUUUUUUCUGUCGAUAUAUCGUAACAGUUUUUCGAUAUAAUUUUGGUAUUUUGUAUUCGAGUACUUAGGUAUUUUAGUAAUUGCCGCGUGCGGUCACACUGCUGUUUAUUUAUGUUUAGUCGCUGCUGUCGAAAAUUAUUGCACAUUUUAGUUUUAUCAAAUUAAAAGUGGCAUUGAACAACAAAUGCAGCUAUAAAACUAAACAAAUUGUUAUCGCAACACGAAAAGCAGAACGUCUAUUCAGCAUCGGCAGCAGCAACAGUAUUUACGCGACAUUUGGUACGGUAUAGUGUGGCCGUGUGUGUUUUUCUAGUGUCUGCGGCGCUGUUCAGACCCAGAAAUAGAAAUUCUCUUGCCAAACGAAAAAGGCACUGUGUUAUAUAUAUAUAUAUACAGAUAUAUUUGUAUGUAUUUACAUAUGUAUAUUGAGUGAAAGCGCGUGUUUUAGUCAUAUUAAUGCGCGUGCCUAAGCAAAUGCGCUCCGGCGGCGACAGCAGCCGCGCUAGAUAAAAGUAAAAAGCAAAAAAAAAAAAAAAUUGUGCGGGGAGCAGCAGCCAAAAGGGGGCUUCGCCUCAUUACUCAUCCGUCUAUUUUGUGCGUGCAAAAACGACAAACGAAACAACAACAACAACAACAACGAUUACACACAACGAACGACGACAAGCAGCAGAAGCGCAACAAAUGUUUGUUAAAACGUAACAAAGUUAAAGCUGAAGGAAAUUAGAGCAGGAUUUUGAACGGAGCCGGCAGCACUGCAACCACAAAAUGGAGCAACCGUUGAUUGUGCGCGCCGAAUACUCGUUUAUGGGCAGCAACAAUGAUGAGCUGUGCUUCAAGAAGGGCGACCUGAUUACGGUGACACAACGCGAGGAUGGCGGCUGGUGGGAGGGCACACUGAACGAUAAGACUGGCUGGUUUCCCAGCAACUAUGUGAACGAGUACAAGGCCCAAUUGCCGCUGGCCGAGACCAUACGACCGCCCGAAGAGAUACAAGAAUACCGAUCUGUGGUGCUCAAAGAUCUGCUCGACUCGGAGCGUGCCCAUGUGGCUGAGCUGCAGGGACUGCUCGAGAAUUUCCUGGAGCCCAUGCAGCAGACGCAAAUACUCAGCCAGGAUGAGUACGCGCAGUUGAUGUGCAACUUUGUGGAGGUGGUGCACACCCACGAAGAGCUGCUCACACAGAUUGAGGAGUGCAACGAUCGUGUGGGUAAACUAUUUCUAACCAGUGCGCCGCUCAUGAAAAAAGUCCACCAGGCCUACUGUGCCGCACACCCCAAGGCCAUAGUCAUACUGGACAAGUACAAGGACGAGCUGGAGAAGUAUAUGGAGCGUCAGGGCGCUGCGACGCCGGGUCUGUUAGUGCUUACUACUGGCCUGUCCAAGCCGUUUCGUCGCCUAGACAAGUACUCGGCCAUGCUGCAAGAGCUGGAGCGUCACAUGGAGAGCAGUCAUCCGGAUCGCGGUGAUACUCAGCGCAGCGUGGCCGUUUACAAGGACAUUGCGGCCACAUGUUCGGCGACGCGACGCCAAAAGGAGCUGGAGCUGCAGGUGCUCACGGGCCCGGUGCGUAACUGGCAGGGUCAGGAGCUGAGCACACUGGGCGAUAUCAUACACAUGGGCAGCGUGGCUGUGGGCCCAGAUCAUCGCGAUCGCUAUUUUGUGCUAUUUCCCCAGACGCUGCUUAUACUGAGCGUUAGCCAGCGCAUGAGCGCCUUUAUCUAUGAGGGUAAAUUACCGUUGACGGGCAUCAUUGUGAAUCGCCUGGAGGAUACGGAUGCCAUAAAGCAUGCCUUUGAGAUUAGCAGUCCGCUUAUCGAUCGCAUUGUGGCCGUCUGCCAGGGCCCCAACGAGGCCAACAAGUGGGUGGAGCUACUGAAUGCCAACAAUCCCAGUCUGCCCAUGGGCAUUAAGCGUCAGCUGAGUAAUUUGAGCAACUCCUCGCUGGGCGGUCAGCAGCUGAAUGCGUCGCAUCUCAGUCAGCAUCUGGACGCGCGCGGCUAUUGCACCCGUUUCUCGCUGUGCGCCUACUACAGUCAGCCGCUGCAGCAGCGUCCGCUUCUGACACUGCCGCCCAGUAAUUAUCCACCGACAGCGCCUUAUGCCAAUCUGAGUGCGCAUUUUGCCCGGCUGGUGCGCGCCGGUCGGCUGAGGAGCGCCAUUGUGAAGAUGCUGCUGUAUCCGCAGGCGCGUCAGAGCAUAGAUCUCAAGCGGAUUGCGUUGCGGAAGAAGCGCUGCCACAAGGCCACCGCUAAGCUGCUGAAGGAUAUCAAUGCCAAUGUGCAGGAAUCGGAACUGGAGCGUCAGGAUGCCUUCGAGCUGCCCACGGAUUCGGAGAGCUAUGACGAUGAGUACGACGAUGAAUAUUUGCGUAGCUGCAAUUCGGAUCCGUUUGAGUAUGUGCGCUUCUAUCAGAACCGGCCCGUCGCAUCUACGUGCAAUUCCACGGGCACUUUUGUGGAUCAUGGCAAGCAGCGUCACAGCAGCUCCAUAAAUCUAAUCAAGCUGGAUUCGCUGGAUGCGGAUGAGCUGCUCGUGCAGCACGAGCUCAAAAAGGAGUCGCUCGUCAUCGGUUCCAAGGCGUUGCGUGCGCUGGCACGCAAAUCCACGGAGCGCAAUUCCAGUGUGCAUACCUCGACGGCUACGAUUAAUUUGGGUGGCUCCAGUAUAACCAACUGCCUCGAGGAGGAGCUGGAGGGGGAGCUGGAAGAGGAGCAGCGAUUGGAGUUGCAGUCGCAACCUUCCACGCUGCAGCAGCAAAGCUCCGAUGCGAGCUCUUUGUAUGGCGCACGGCUCGGCGGCGCGUUUACGGCCUGCGAGAAUUUGGCCAGCAUUCACGAUGAUCUCAGACAGACGCAGCUGGUGAAGCGUCCACCUGCCGCCGCCGCCGCCGCCGCACAGCUGCUGCCCGGCUCACCCACCGAACGGCACAGCAUGCCGAGCAUAUUUGUUGGCAAUCGUUUCAAUCGCUGCACCGACACCGAAGUCUAUGUGCCCAGCUGGCGUGAACGCCAGGAGCAGCAGCAGAAUCAAAGCGUCGAUGCCCAGCUGCUCGACGAGCUGACGGAGGACGAGUGUGUGCACUCCAGCACCAUGGACUUGCCAGCUGCCUGUCUCAAUGCGCCCGAUCAGCUGCAGGCGGAGUUACUCUAUAACUACGAUCAGGCCGUGGCGGCCAGCACGGAGCAGCAGCAGCAGCACCAGCAGCAGCGGCAGCGUGCAUCCCACAAAAGUGACAGCCCCAGCACGGGCAAUACACGCGAUGAGCCCGCCGCGCGCAGCAGCUCCAGCAACGAGCUGUGCAUAGAUGCGAGUGGUGGCAGACAGCGGGAUUCGAAACGAGAUUCCAUUAGACGCUGCAUCAGCUAUCAAUAUUUGCAGAUGGAUCCAAGUGCUGCGCCUGCGCCACGGCCUCCUCCACCAGCUGGACGGGGGCAGCAGCAGCCGCAGCCGGCGCUGCACGGCCCAUGCAAGUGCCGCUGUUGCGAGAGCUCGCAGUGUCCCAGUCCGCGUUCCAGUGAUAGUGGCAUGGCCGGCAGCUGUACCAUAGCUUCACCGGAUCCACCCAGCGCCGAGUGCUGUGGCGUCGAUGUGCUGGAUCAUGUGGAGCCGGAGCGGCGUUUUGAUGUCUGCGGCAUGUUUCGCGAAAAGUUUCUAACGCCCGAACAAACACAGGAGCAGGAGCAGCAGGUGGCGGAGGAGGAGGAGGAGUCACUGCCACAGGAACAGUCACAGCCACAACCGGAGCUACUUGCCACACCCAGCAAUCAAAUAGCGCCCACACAAAUCCAAAUCAAUACAAAAAGUAUUUUUCUGGCCAGCUCCAAUUCCAUGGAUGAUGCCACGACCGCAACAAAUGGGCUACAAUUCAGCGGCAGCUGCUCCGCAGAUCAGCUCCAUCUGGAGCCACGUCCCACCUUUCGCUCUGGGAUGUAUGCGCACUGGUGGAAGAAGGAACGCCUGCCGCCGGAGGUGCUGCGUGGCAUAGCCAGCGCGUACAACAAGCGACUGCCAUCGGGGUUGGCCAGCGGCAGCAAGGAUUCCAAUUGCUCAACCGGCUCCAUAUGCUCCAGCUGCUAUUGCUCGCUGGGCGCCAGCGGUUUCAGCGAGGGCGCCAUAUACUGUUCCAUGUGCCACAAUUGCGGCGAUUAUGCGGCCAGCACGGGCACUACAAACACAACCACAACCACAGCCUCGACCUGCUCGAAUUGUCCGGUGUGCAGCGAGGAGGAUAUGGAUCUCAGUCAGGCGGCGCGGCGGGAUGCUUUUGCCGCACGGCCAUCGUAUUCCACGUCACUCGAUUGCCCCAUUUGUGCGGCACGCGUAGCUUUAGCAACCGAAGAAGGCAAGCAAACCGAUGUGAGACGCCCAGAUGUCUCCGCCAUCGAGCCACAGCCUGUUGCUGCCGCCCGGCAGCCGCAAUCAGACGCCCAACGGCAACAGCAACAGCCAGCAACAGUUGGCGGGAGCGAGUACGGCGGCGGCGGCGGCGGCGGCCACAUCGAUGUCACAACACAAACGGAGCCUGUCGUUCAAUCAUCACCUCAGCUACAACCAGUACACGCACACUCAGCCUCCACCACAUCAUCUGCAUCCACCACAACCACCAAGUCUACCAAGUCAUCUGGGGGCGCUAAGCCACAAAUCAAAUUUAGCCCCGACACCAAACAGCAAGACAGCAGCGGCCACCACGGAAAACAGUCAGGCGGCAAUUCAAGCAGCGGUGGCGGCGGCAGCGGCGGCGGCGGUGGCAACGGGGGUGCCAAACGCAAGGAAAGGAAGCACAAAGGGUAA